AUGGACCGCAUCGAGGGGGUGGCGGUGGGCCGCUGCGCCAGCUCACCCUAUUUGCGGCCCCUCACGCUGCACUACCGCCAGAAUGGUACCCAGAAGUCCUGGGACUUCAUGAAGACAUAUGACAGCGUGAGCAUUCUCAUGUUCAACUCUUCUCGAAGGAGCCUGGUGUUUGUGAAGCAGUUCCGGCCAGCUGUGUAUGCAGGCGAAAUGGAGUGCCACUUCCCAGGGUCCCUGGCAGCCGUGGAUCAGGACCAGCCCCGGGAGCUGCAGCCAGCACUGCCUGGUUCAGUGGGGGUGACAGUGGAGCUGUGCGCUGGCCUUGUGGAUCAGCCUGGGCUCUCGCUGGAGGAAGUGGCCUGCAAGGAGGCUUGGGAGGAGUGUGGCUACCGCCUGGUCCCCUCUGACCUGCGCCAGGUUGCCACAUACAGGUCUGGAGUGGGACUGACCGGCUCCAGCCAGACUAUGUUUUACGCCGAGGUGACGGAUGCCCAGCGCAGUGGGACAGGUGGGGGCCUGGCGGAGGAGGGUGAGCUAAUUGAAGUCGUGCACUUGCCCCUAGAUGGUGCCCAGGCCUUCGCAGAUAACUCAGAUGUCCCCAAGACCCUCGGGGUUAUCUUUGCUAUCUCUUGGUUCUUCAGCCAGGUGGCCCCCUGCCUGGAUCUCCAUUGAGACACCAGGGUCUGGACAAAGCCCUGUCUUGUCCACUUCCCUCUA